GCACACACACACACACAGACACACAGCGGCAUCAUAUCCUAGCUAAAGCCUGAGCGGUGAGCAGUAGCUGCCUGGGAGAGGAAUAUGGACACACAGCCGCCGAGCUGCGACUAGAGAGAGGUGUAGUUGCAAGGAUGCGUGACAACUACACCUCGCGUUUGCUCCUCUUGGUGUCGGUGUGCGCGGUUUGGGAGGCGCUGGCCAAAUCUCUGCCAGAUCAGGGAGCAUUUGAGGUGCAAAUCAAGGUCCAGGUGUUUGACAGCAGCGACUUGUCGCCGUUGGCGGACGCUCACGUGCAAGUCCACGGCAAUCAAACCGUCUUAGUGUCCAGCAGAGCCGGCAGCGACGGAGUCCUGAGGGUUAACUUCCUGUACCGCACGGGAACAUGGGUUAUUAUCACCGCCUCGAAACAAGACUACGUCACCAACUCUGUGCCGUGGCACUCCAGCCGCAUCCCCUUGUAUGCAUCAGUGAGCCUGUACCUUCUCGUACAGAGGCCGGGAACUCUGAUUCUGUACGAUGAUGUCCUGCAGGUGCUGUCCGGGUCACCAGGAGCUCGUAAUCAGCCCGUGGUGCAGCUGCACAGGAAGUCCCUGCAGUUGCCGUCCAACUCCAACUACACGGCGUUGUCUGCUGUGAUGACGACGGCCAGGAGUCAGUACGAGAUCGGCGGGUUCCCGUUUCUUCUGGGCCAAGAGACUAACAGCUCAGGUGCAGAAACAGGGUGGACAGACUUGACAGCUGUGGCCGUGGUCAGCAUUCAGCUCUUUGACAAGGACGGCGUUGCGAUCCAGGUCUCCGAUCCGAUACACAUUUCUGUGCCGCUGCCGUCCGACACGCGCAACAGGAUGGCCACAAGUGUUCCUGCUUGGCUGUUUCAGCCUAAGACGGGAUUGUGGGUUAAAACUGGAGUGGGCUACAUCAAAAAGGAAGGAGCACAGUUUGUCUGGAACGUCGUGGUUCCUCAGAUGGGAUACUGGUUGGCUGCUUUUCCAACAUCUUCAGGAUUGGGUCUGUCCCACCCGGGCAUGAGGGACAUCACCACAUACCACACCCUGUUCCUGCUCUCCAUCCUGGGAUCACUGGCCCUGCUGGUGCUCAUCCUGCUCUGUGUGCUGCUCUACUACUGCAGGUGUGGGGAGCGUAGGCGCAGGCGGAAGUGCUUGAAACCUCGUCGACAGCAGGGCAAACCGCACGCCUCCAAUCUAAAUGGAGCAAAGCGAGACCAGGGAACGUCCAUGUCACGCCUAAAUCUGAUCUGUGGAGGUCAUGCGGAGUCCGGUCCGUCCAAUGACAAGUCUGACAUGUCCCCAUCUCGAGACUACCAAAGUUCAAGGGAGGACUUAACCAAACAUGUUCCAGCUCACAUGCUGCGACACACAAUGGGGAAAAAUUCUUCAGGUUCCCAGCGAGGGGAAAGUUUCCCCAUGAAAGUUACACGUGCCACAGAGACCAACAACUUGGACAACCCUUUGCUGCAUGAAGACUACAAUCGGAGCUACAGCCCCAUGGAGGGCAAAGAGUCUGAAUAUCACAGGCACCACAAUGCCAAUGACAAUCGAGGGUACUCCUCCGAUCCCCCGUCCCCACCGCGCUUCCAAGGCUACGUGCCGAGCCAGUCCGACAAACCUCCAGAGUAUUCGGCGACAGCUGCCGACAGCCUCGCGAGACCCACCUCGCUCAACACCCAACCAGGUCAGAUCAUCUUUUGCAGCUCCAUCGACCAGAUGAAGGAGAACAUGUACCGGAGUAUGGUCCCGACCCUGGUGAUUCCGGCCCACUACAUGCGUCUGCCCUCUGAGUUUUCUGGAAAAGAUGGAAAGGACCAGAAGGACCAAGACAAAGAUGGUGCACAGAUGGGAGGAGGCCAGCAGCAUCAUCACCACCACUCCCAGAAACAAGGUCAGCAGCAGCACCAGGGAGGAUCCCAAGGUGACGACUCUGAGGACCCAAGCUGGGCGUCCGACUCCUCUGGUGGACCCGUGACCAUCCCCGUGCUCUUCAACGACUCCACAAUGGCUCAGAUGAACGGAGAACUGCAGGCACUGACUGAGAAGAAGCUCCUGGAGCUGGGUGUAAAACAGCAUCCCCGGGCGUGGUUCAUCUCUCUGGACGGACGAGCUAACGCUCAUGUGCGCCACUCCUACAUCGAUGUUGGAAACGACCUCAGUGGUGGCGGCGGUAUUGGAUUUGGAGGUGGUUCCAGCAGCACUCCCCGAGACAUAAACCUGGAACCAAUUCUGGACGCCCAAGGACGGAAAACAGGAAUGAUCCUGAAGGGAAAAGAUGAGCGCUGGGGACGAAAGGGCCAUGGUGUCGGCAGCACGGGUGGAAAGAGUUACUCCAAGUUGGCCUACCCCGACCACAGCGAGCCCAGCAGCAGCGAGGGACGCCCGGUCUCACCUGAGGAGAACUCCCUCACCCCGCUUCUGGAUGAAGGUCCAUCUUCUCAGGGAUCCACCAUCCCCAGACGAGGACGCAGCCGCGUGAACAGCAGCCGCAGCAGCAAUAGCGAGAACCGCCGCGACUCCAUGACCAGCCCCGAGGAUGAUCCUGACGACAAGGAUGAGAACAAGAAGAGCCCGUGGCAGAAGAUUGAGGACAGACCUCUCAUGGUCUUCCAUCCAAGGAAGUGAGCUUUUUUUUUUCUUUUCUUUUUAACUUAUACUGGACCUUGUGAUUGUCUUGUGAGAGGGGAAUCUUUCCAGAUCAAACGUGGAAGAAAAAGAAGAAAUGAAGGUGAUGUUUUCACAGAGAGAGAUCACAAUAAGCACAACCUAUACGUGACGGGCCUAUUUUCAGGUUGUGGUUUGACCUUUUGUGUUUCUGGUGAGGUGUUUCUGGUCACAAUCACAGUCUCACUGUCACCGUCGAGAUGACCUAUUGUGGACUGAAAUCGUACCAAUUUCCUCGUGAAUCCUGCCACCUGUCGCAAAACACUGAAUCAUUGUGUGUACCAUUGCAUUUACUGACUGUGGAAAUAGCCAUUUUAUAGAGCAAAAUAUAAGAAUUAAGCACUUAUUAAUAAUUAGUGAACGGAUCGAUUGAUACUUGCCAAGUGUUUUAAAGUGGAUGAUGUUUUUAUAGAAGCGCUGAAAGGACCGUUAAAGGGUCGAUCUGUAAAUUAAAUGACCUUCCCUGACUUUAUUCUACACAGAGGCUCAUAUAGAUGGCGUCGUGUGCCUCUCUUCACUUGACUACUCUUUUUAAACUUGUAAUUAGGAUAAGUUUUCUUUUGAGUAAACCGCCCCUCCCCCCCCAACUGUAUUUAUAUUUGUCCGUGUGAACCGAUAAACCAUGACUUGCAUUCUGCUCCUUCAGGGAUGGACUUGUAUUUCCUCUUCCUGCUGUACUGUGUUCAUGUGUCGUGAUUACAUAUUCAGAUAGUAAUGAUUUGAAAUGUUUUUAAGUCUCUGUCCUCUCGCGCCUCCUGACCCGACUUAUCGCAGUGAGUGAUCCACUGUACAAUUCUGCCAAAAGUACGCAUUUCUGCCUUUUCUCCCGUUGUUGAGCCUUUUUUUUGGGGGGGGGUUGAUUUGGUGUGAUCUCUUUUGUGUAAAUAGAUGUCCCUCACGUUUGGAAGACCGUUAAAAGCUUGCAUGCAUAUGAAUGUAUGAAAUAAACGACCCCCGCACACGUCUUUCGGGCUCUUGUGUAGACACGCUAUCUAAAUCAGAUUCACGCAGGAAAAACAAAAACAUCACUUUACUUGAAGAGUUGCUUAUUUGAUAUUUCACACGAGAUCUAUACAUUGGUCGUUUGUCGACAGGGCCUGUACUUCUUCUCUCCUGCAAGUGCCUUCUUUCUCAUAGGAUCGAGUGAUAGGCAUGCAGGUCCCGUUCUCAAACGCAGUUAUACUCUCACCACCUGACGACGCUGUGAAACAUUGGUAGGCAAGCGAUAAGCACACUGCAUUGUGAUGACGCCACAUGUCACUCGGGCGCCUGCCAAAUCUUUUAUCGCGGCUACUCCAUUCUUGGGUGUCUUGAUUUCUUAUAUUUAUCCUCUUGUAAAUGCUACGAUGGAAUAUAUGAGAUUUUAUGUGAAUACGCUUAUGACGUGCAUGUGACGUGUAGA